UGCAUUAAUGGGGUUAUGAAAAAGAUGCGUAGCUCUGGAAAAAGGUCCCUUGCCGUUAACAAAGCUGAAAACGUUACAUUCAUAGAGAUACGACGUCGUCACGAAGCACCACCGACCACCGCCUCCAGAUACGACGGUGAAUCUCUCUUCACAACAUUUGUGUGUAGCCAGCCACUCGUUUACGCAUACGCAAAUCCCUUCUCACCAAUCCCUGCAUUUGCGCCACCAUGUUCCCUUUGAAUCGCAGAGUCCCACCCACCAAACCUAACUCCAAAAAGACCUAAUUUUUGCACUCCUUCUAGCUACCCUUUAGCUUUUUGCAAUCUGGGUCCAACCCAUUCCGAUUUGUACUCACUGGGAUCUUAUGGUGGAGAAGCAUGGAGGAAACUCAAGGGCUCAAUUGUUGCAGUAAAAGUGAAAGUAGGAGCUCUAGUGAGACUCGACCUCCCAAUCCCAACCCACCUUCAUAUCGCCAAUGCAAACUUGUUCGCCACGCUUCUCUUAUGAAAACAAAGUUGUCUGAUGUAUCUGCUGAUCCGGGGCUUGUUACUGAAGAUGGUCAGUCUGAUUUCUUUCCAAUGCUUCGUUCUGGAGCAUGUGCUGAUAUUGGAUUCCGGUCAAGUAUGGAAGAUGUAUAUGUUUGUGUCGACAAUUUUAUGCAGGAUUAUGGGCUCGAGAACCAUAUAGAUGGACCCAGUGCUUUCUAUGGGGUAUUUGAUGGACACGGUGGAAAGCAUGCUGCUGACUUUGCUUGCCAUCACCUACCAAAGUUCAUUCUUGAGGACGAAGGUUUCCCUAGAGAUAUUGAAAGGAUAGUUUCUUCAGCAUUUUUGCAAACAGACAAUGCCUUUGCAGAUGCUUGCUCUCUGGAUGCUACACUUGCAUCUGGCACCACUGCAUUAGCCACUCUUGUAAUAGGAAGGUUGCUGGUGGUGGCAAAUGCUGGAGAUUGUCGUGCUGUGCUGUGCCGUCGUGGAAAAGCAAUUGAAAUGUCGAGAGAUCACAAACCGAUUUGCAACAAAGAGAAGAAGCGCAUUGAGGCAUCUGGGGGGCAUGUUUAUGAUGGAUAUCUUAACGGACAACUUAAUGUUGCUCGUGCACUUGGUGACUGGCACAUGGAAGGAAUGAAGAGCAAAGAAGGUGGACCACUGACGGCAGAACCUGAACUUAUGACUACAAAACUGACUGCUGAGGAUGAAUUUCUGAUCAUAGGUUGUGAUGGGAUUUGGGAUGUAUUUAGGAGCCAAAAUGCAGUGGAUUUUGCUCGGCGCAGGCUUCAGGAACAUAACGACCCAACCAUGUGUAGUAAGGAUCUGGUUGAUGAGGCUUUAAAGAGAAAAAGUGGAGACAAUUUGGCUGCAGUUGUGGUAUGCUUCCAGCAGCAACCUCCUCCUAACUUGGUGGCGCCGCGCUCUAGAGUGCAACGGAGCUUCUCUGCUGAAGGUUUGAAGGAAUUGCAAAGCUUCCUGGACAGCUUGGGUAAUUGAGUUGGUACGACUUCUUUUGCUUCAAUUUUAUUUUUGAGACUUAAGAUUCAUUUGUAAUUGUAGGUGUAGGCUGAGAGAAAACUUUGACUGUAUCAUAUGCGGCAUCUAGUCGACAUUUAAUUUAGUCAUUUCAUUGGAUAUUUAGAAUUACUGUUACUGCUUCA